AUGCAGGCUCUGCACAGCGUCAAGGAAACUGAGACAGUUGAACAUUUGAGGAACGGAACAGUAACUUAUCGAAUCGCUAGACGCCGCGUGCCGAGCUGCCUCGACGGACUACAGUGUAGAUCACUCUCAGGCUCUUCUGGAACCUUCGGCCGUUAUGACUCUGCCUUGCCAUUGAUGCAAGAGGCGUCUGUUGCAACUCGACGGCUGCGACUGCAUGGUUCUCUGUUUGCAACAACAAUGCACGAUGCAAGUGCCAACGUCUGGCGUACAUCAAUGCCGGCAAUCAGCGACAUCGCAGCCGCAUCGCUACCAGGCUCGUCCUGA